AUGAAUAUGAAAAGGUUUUAUGAGAGAAAUUUGCUUGGAAUAGCACAUAAACACCCAGGAACUUUAUGCAUUGCAAAAUGUGAAAUUGGUGUAUAUUCUUGUAUUAUUAGAAAUGGUGCUCCUGGUAAAUAUCAAAGGGCAGUUUUAGUAAAAUUUCAUAUUUUGAUGCUUAAUUUUCUUCUAUCAUUAACACCAGAUGAUCGCAUAAUUUAUGCUUAUGUAGCACUUGGAUAUAUUGUAGAAAAUAAAGAACUAAACGAGAAAAAUGAAGAAAUUGAAGAAAUUGAUAAUUCUGAGAUUAAUUCUUUCUUUGAAGAAGUAAUUUUAAUUAUCAAAAUUCACGUCAAAUCUUGCGAAUUGCAUUGGAUAAGUUUAAUUAUCGUUAUAGUACAGCAGAAUCAAAAUUGA